AUGCCGCUCAAGGGGCUCCUGGCAGGCAAGACCGCCAUCAUCACGGGGGGUACAACUGGCAUCGGACGGGCCAUCUGCCUCGGCUAUCUGCGCCAAGGAUGCAGCGUCGUUGUCAACCACCUCGGCCUGGAAAAGGACCAGGCGCACCUGGACUCGCUGAUAGCCGAAGCCAACGCCAUCCUGGCCGAGGACCCAGCCGCCGGCCGUCUCGCUCACGAGGCCGGAGACGUUCGCGAGGUUGAAACCGCAGCCAAGCUGGUGGCCAGGGCCGUCGAGCACUCCGGGCCGGCACGGCGCCUCGACAUUUGCGUCUCCAACGCGGGAGUCUGCACCUUUGCCGACUUCCUGACGCUGUCGCCAGACCUGCUGGAGCUGACGUUCCGGACCAACGUCGACGGCGCCUUUUACGUGACGCAGGCGGCCGCCCGGCAGAUGGCGCUGCACCAGACGCCAACGGGGGGCAGCAUCAUCGGCAUGUCGUCCAUCUCGGCGCUGGUGGGCGGCGGCCUGCAGACGCACUACACGCCGACCAAGGCGGGCGUGCUGAGCCUGAUGCAGAGCACGGCCGUGGCGCUGGGCAAGUACGGCAUCCGCUGCAACGCGCUGCUGCCGGGCACCAUCCGCACGCAGCUCAACGACGAGGACCUGGCCGACGACGCCAAGCGGCGCUACAUGGAGGGCCGGAUACCGCUCGGGCGGACGGGCGAGCCUGCGGAUCUGGCGGGGCCGGCCAUCUUCUUGGCCUGCGAGGAGCUGAGCGGCUAUGUGACGGGGGCUCAGCUGCUGGUGGAUGGCGGGCUGUUUGUCAAUCUGCAGUAG